AUGGCAGACAACGGCAGUCCUGCAGGCGAGAAGCCAGAAGAUCAAGCACAAGGCGCGACCGAGCAUCUAAACAUCAAGGUCACUGACAACAACAACGAGGUCUUCUUUAAGAUCAAGCGCACAACACAACUGAAGAAGCUCAUGGACGCUUUCUGCGAGCGGCAAGGAAAGAGCCCGCAGAGUGUGCGAUUCCUCUUUGACGGCCAGAGAGUCAACUCCUCCGACACGCCUGACACUCUCGAGAUGGCAGACGGGGACACCCUCGAGGUUCACCAGGAGCAGAUUGGCGGCUCAUGUUGGUGA